UUAAGAGGCAGACACCAACAGUGACAACACUUCAGGAGCCACUUCAUCAGAAAGGAACAAGGACACCGCUAGACUCCCGAAAAAACAACAACAUGAAGACCAUCUUUGCCGUCUCUCUCCUGAUCGCUGCACUCUUCCUGGCCUCAGACGCUGUCCAAGUCAACGAUGGCGGUGACAGCUUCUCUCUCGAAUCGGUCAGGGUGCUCCAGGAGUUGGCAGCGCCGCUUGCCGGGAAGACCAUGAAGGCAAGCCCCCGUGUGUACAAGACCGGCUACAGCGCUGUCUGCGCUCACCCGACGCUGCCCCAGGAGUUUGUCUCCUUGUGCCAGCAGGAAGGAGCCGCCAUGCGACUCGCCAGACUGAGUGCUGUGCCAAUGGAUGUGUGUGAGAUAUGUGCAUUCGUGGCCUGCACUGGCUGCUAAUGGAAUCCUCUCCCACCCACCGGCUGACCAGGAGAAGCAAGCCCUCGCCAUGUACAAUCUGGACCUAAAGAUCUGCCUCGAUAUCCCUCCUUCCCUGACGACCACCGCAGCGAAACAUCCGCUGCAGACACACUCACUCUCACACUUCUCAAUGUGUUAUUUACUUAUCGACUUCCUCUCUCCUUACUCUCUCAUUUGAGUCUCACAAGUCACCAAAGCCAAAGUAAGGGAGCAGUUGCUGAAUUCAUAUUUAAGCGAAGAAACACCGCAGAUCCUAAAGUUAGGGCAAAACUGCUUAGAAACUGUUACUCUUUCACGGCAAGUUCAGGACACCACUUUUUGUUUUUGUUUCUUUUGUUUUGUUACAAGCUAAUAUAGUUUAUUUAAUUUACAAGUAUUUUUCUACAGCGUUGUUUACUGUUUUGUACGUUCAUCUCUGCCUUUUGUGUUUAAUAAACUGCUUUUCAAGUAA